GCCGAAGUUCAGGUCUUGGUGCCGCGGCGGCGCGCGGGGCUGUGGCCGGGCCGGGCUCCGUCCCCCGGGCAGGCGUCGCCCCGAGCGCGGAGAGGCAGCCGCCGGGCGCGGGGAGCCCCCGAGGGAGCUGCAGCGCUCCCCUCCCGGGGUCAGAGUUUGCAGGUUUUCAUACUUUGCCUGUGUAAAACCUGAACUUUCAGAAGAAAUUGCAGAACUUCCUGGAGUGACUGCAGAAGAAUUUAUUGGAGAACGUGUGUGUGUGUGUGUAUCUGUAUCCUGACAAUAUUCUGAACACUUGUGAUACCUUUUGUGAGGGAUGAAGGUGCUGUCAUGUCAUUCGUGGACAGUAAUCUUGGUAUCGAAGAAUUCUUGGAAGACAUCAAUUUGGGGCAAUAUAUCCCUAAUUUUAAAGACCAUGGAUAUAAUACUGUACCAGCUUGUGUAGGAAUAAAUAAUAAUGUGCUUCAGGGAAUUGGAAUAUUGCCUACUGGACACCGCAGAAGAAUUCUUAAGCAGUUAGAGACCAUAUUUUCAAAAAUGCAAGAGCAGGCUACUUUUUCAGAACAUCUGACAGGCAAAGCCAUGGAGGAAUUAGAGCAAAGCCAUUCAUUGCACUCUGACCAAGAUUCCAAAAUAUUCAAGUCAAAUUCAGAUGGGGUUGCAAGAGCUAGUCCAACAUCUCUGUCAUUGCCAGUAAUUUUUUCUAGUGAAAACUAUGUUGGCAAACUAAAGAGUGAAAUGCUUGAACAGGAAUCACUGGAAGCAAAACAUGAUAGUUUUUCAGAUUUGGAAUUUUCUAGUUCAUCAUGUCAUAAUUCAGAUUGCUCAGGAGAAGCUAUCAGUAUUGAAAGUAUUGAAAAGAGUGCAAAAUGGGAUGUGUCACAGGAAAUGGCAGAGGUGCUGCCAGGUUACUUACAUUUAGAAAGCUGUUCUGCAUGUGCUGAAGAUUCAUCUUCUCAGCCUUCAUUUGCUUUCUGGGAAACCAAAUCCAGUGAGAAUGAUACUUUGACAUUUACAGAAAUGAAAAAAAUAUCAAAACAACUGCCAGAUUCACCAUUCUUUGAGUUUAAAGGUGAAAUGAUAGACAAUGACUUGUAUGGUACAUGCACAGACAGCUGUACCAAAACAGUUCCAAGAAUGACAAGAUCUUUUGUGCUCCGACACCGACCUGUACCAAAAAUCCCAGGUUCUCCUAAAGGUACAGCUUCAGUCAGUUCCCUUAAGAAAAGAAGAAGUGUGGAUAUUUUAAAUGUUUCUUGUACUGGGGAUCAGGCUUCACAAACAAAAGUUGCCAGUGAAGAGAAGCCCUCGGUCAUCUCUCCAUAUGGGGAAACUUUUUUUUUCGGUAGCCUUGAAGAUUCCAAUGAAAUCUGUGGUGAUGAACUCUGGGCUGUGGAAGGAAAAAAGAAAGAGGAAAAAAUGAAUGAAGAAUAUUCUUCUCGUUAUAAUUCAUGUGUUUUUAGUAAUCCGAUGGGGAAGGUGUUUGAGGACCAUGUGAAAACUGAAUUAAAAUCUCAAGAAAACAAGUGUGUUGAAUCAGGAGAGCUUGUCAGAGAACCUGAAUAUUCAACUGUGGAUGAAUGUUCCCACUAUUUAAGAAAAAACAAUUGUAAAGCCAAAAAACAAAGUGGAAAUCAAACCCAGUCUGUGAAAGAACAAACUUAUUUUCGGCCGUUUGAUGAUGACCAACUUUUUGCUUCACAUGAACCAAUAACACCCUAUGCUUGUUUUUAUGGACCAUCGGUGAAGAAGAUAAAAGCAGGGUGGUUGGAUAAACUGUCUCCUCAGGGAAAACGUAUGUUUCAGAAGCGCUGGGUUAAGUUUGAUGGAGACACUAUUUCUUAUUACACUAACGAAAAGGAUGUGUAUUCGAAGGGGAUAAUCCUACUUUCAGCUAUAGCUUCAGUCAGAGUCCAUGGGGAAAAUAAAUUUGCAGUUGUCACAGCUAAUAGGACAUUUGUUUUCCGUGUGGAAAAGGAAGAUGAAAGGAAUGACUGGAUUAAUACAAUACUCAGUGCCUUAAAAUCACAUACUGAUACCUCUCAAGCUCGACCCACUGUUGCUCCUGAGAGAAGUGGAUACCUUGAAUUAAAGGGGUAUAAAGCGAAAAUCUUCACUCUUCUUCAGGGUAACAAUGUCUGGAUCUGUAAAAAUGAACAGGAUUUUAAGACUGGGUUUGGUAUUACUGUAAUCCCUCUGAAUGUGGCCAAUGUAAAACAGGUGGACCGGAGCACAAAGCAGUCUUUUGAAAUUAUCACUCCUUAUAAAAGCUUUAGCUUUACAGCGGAGUCUGAAAGAGAGAAACAAGAGUGGAUUGAAGCACUGCAGCAAUCAAUAGCAGAAACUCUCUCUGAUUAUGAAGUAGCUGAGAAGAUUUGGUUCAAUGAGUCAAAUAGGAGUUGUGCUGAUUGUAAAGCUCCGAAUCCAGACUGGGCAUCCAUCAAUCUCUGUGUUGUCAUUUGUAAGAAGUGUGCAGGGCAACACAGAUCUUUAGGACCAAGAAAUUCAAAGGUCCGGAGCCUAAAAAUGGAUGGCAGUAUUUGGAGCAAUGAACUUAUUGAGCUUUUUAUUGUCAUUGGAAAUAAAAGGGCUAACAGCUUUUGGGCAGGGAAUCUUCCUCCAGAUGAAGAGUUGCAUAUGGACUCCCCUAUAGAUAAAAGGAUAACAAUUAUUACACAAAAAUACAAAGAAGGAAAAUUCAGGAAAAUGUCUUUUGCAUACAGAACCAGAGAAGAAUUAAACAAGGCCCUGUGUGCUGCAGUAGUUAAACAAGACGUGUUGGAAACUCUGACAUUGUUAUUUAAUGGAGCUGAUGUUAUGUGCGCCACUGGAGAUCCUGUCUAUAGUACUCCUUACCUACUAGCCAAGAAAGCAGGACAAAGGUUGCAGAUGGAAUUCCUUUACCACAAUAGAUUUACAGAUUUCCCAAUCUAUGAUACUCAUUUUGAAAGUGGUUUCUCUGAAGAUUCUUCACAUUCUACCUUUCUUUGUGAAUUUUUAUAUAAACUUUCUUUUAAUACUGUCAAGCUGUUUACAGAGAAGAAAUUGAAAGAAGACUGCAAUAAAAGAUGGUGUACUUUGGAAAGUAGUUUCUUGAGUUACUAUGAAAACGAUAAGGCUACUACUCCUAAUGGUAUGAUAGACAUCAGUGAAGUUAUCUGUCUUGUAGUGCACAAUUCUGACUCAUUUUUAAAUACAGGGACCAACUUUACCUUUGAAAUCUAUUUAAUGUCAGAACGUGUUUUUCUGUUUGGAGCUGAAACUGCAUAUUCACAAAGAAAAUGGACCCAGGCAAUAGCCAAGAAUUUUGUUCCCAUUGUCGCUGGAAGUUUGUUAGAGAGAGAUUAUGAUCUCAUUGGUCAGUUAUAUUACAAAGAUUGCCAUAGCAUUGAUCAGUGGAGAAAAGGCUGGUUUGCUAUAGAAAAGUCAAGUCUGCAUUUUUGUCUGGAAAUGGAGAAUGCUCAGGAGGAUUCAAUAUAUCUGAGAAGACUACAAGAGCUAACAAUCAGCAGUGUGAUGCAAAAUGGAGAAAGAAUAGAUGUCUUGCUGCUUGUUGAAAAAGGAAGAACAUUAUACAUCCACGGUCAUACAAAGUUGGAUUUCACGGUCUGGCAUACUGCAAUUGAAAAAGCAGCAGGUACAGAUGGUAAUGCAUUACAAGAUCAGCAGCUCAGCAAAAAUGACGUUCCCAUUAUAGUGAACAGCUGUAUAGCAUUUGUUACACAGUAUGGUUUAGGUAGAAGGCACAUCUACCUAAAGGAUGGCAAUCCUUCCAGUGUGAGUGAACUGCUAGAGAGCUUCAAAAAAGAUGCAAGAAGUGUUAAAUUGAGGGCUGGAACACAUCAGCUGGAAGAUGUGACUGAUGUGCUAAAAAGUUUUCUGUCUAAAAUAGAUGAUGCGCUUCUCACUAAAGAGCUAUAUCCAUUCUGGAUCUCUGCACUAGAUACACAGAAUGAAAAGGAACGAAUAAGAAAGUAUGGAGCUUUUAUUCAGACGCUUCCACCAGUCAAUAGGGCUACUUUGGCAGCUUUAAUUGAACACCUGUACAGGGUGCAAAAAUGUUCAGAAAUUAAUCAUAUGAACCCUCACAAUCUAGCCACAGCAUUUUCAUCUUGCUUAUUUCAAACUAAAGGGCAGACUGGAGAAGAAGUCAAUGUAAUUGAAGAUCUGAUUAAAAAUUAUGUGCAAAUCUUUAAUAUAAAUGAAGACCAGAUCAAACAAAUGGAUAUAGAGAACAGCUUUAUUACCAAGUGGAAAGACACACAAGUUUCCCAGGCUGGAGAUUUGUUAAUUGAAGUUUAUGUGGAAAGAAAGGAGCCAGACCAAAGUAUUAUAAUAAGGGUAUCACCUUUGAUGGAGGCAGAAGAAUUAACUAAUGAUGUAGUAGGAAUAAAAAACAUCAUUCCCAACAAGGAUGAUAUCUGGGCUGUUUUUGAAGUGAUUGAAAAUGGAGAGCUAGAGCGCCCACUGCACUACACAGAGAAUGUGUUAGAACAAGUUCUUCACUGGAGUUCAUUACCUGAGCCUGGAACAGCAUAUCUAGUAAUAAAGAAGUUUCUAACAGCAGACACAAUAAAACUCUACAGUGGAGUCCUCCUGUAUAGCUGUUUGACCCUUUUUUCCAUGAACCUGAAUGAUCAAAAUACUCAGGAGAGUGAUGUAAAGGGAAGUGUGAAGGCAGGCUAUCUGAAGUACAAAGAAGAAUCGUCAAAGCUACUGUCUGGAAGUAAAUUUCAAGACCGUUAUUUUGUUUUACGAGAGAGAAAUCUACUUCUUUACAAGGAUAUGAAGAGUAACAAACCUGAAAAAGUGUUGUCUCUUAAUUCAGUGAAAGUCUAUCUUGGAGUGAAAAAGAAAAUGAAGCCACCAACAAAAUGGGGUCUUACAGUGUAUUCUGAAAAGCACCACUGGUGCCUGUGUUGUGAUGGACAGGAUGCACAAAUGGAGUGGCUUACCAGCAUGUUCAGUGCACAGCACAAUGAUAUAUGGCCACCAGCUGGAAAAGCAAGAAAACAGUCUAUGACUAAAAAUCCAAAGAUUGGAGGCUUACCUUUAAUUCCUAUUCAACAAGAGAAAAUUACUCCUAAAACCAGAGGAAGUGCAGAGGAUAUAAAAUUGGAAUCUGGAAAGCUAAAGCUCAAUAAGCAACAUGAAAAUGACUUAAUGGAAGAAAAAAAGAACCUAAAAGAAAAAGCAUCUAUAGUGGCACAGUGCCUGGAACGAAAAGAGGAGACAGUGCAAAAUCAUGCAAAGAAGCAUCGGAGCUUGAUCUUCGUUGAGGACACAGGUGCCAACAUAACUGACUUUCACCAAAAACAUUUUAAAGAGGCAAAGGCAGUGAAGAAAAAGAAGAGCAAAACAAACAAAUCUAAUUUGGAACCAGAUAACAAAUUACCAUCGGAUGUUAUUCAGGAACUAACUACAGUUCUGCAGAAAAACAAAGUCCUUCCGGAAGAAACCUACAUCUGAUUUUUCGAAGACUUGGAUUUCAAAAACCUGAUUAUUUCAUAUAACAAAUAGCUGUGUUUUUAUUUUUUAAGUUUGUGUACAACUUCUACAAUGUAGAGACUAUACAGUUGUUUAUACACAGAUCUUGCUUUAAUAAUGAUAAUUAUGUUGAUGAUGUGCGAUAUAAUAUAGAUUUAAAUUAAGAGCUUUUGAAAGUUUUGAAGUUAUAAAAUUCCAUGAAUGAAAUGUGCAAAUUUGAAGCUGCUGGAAUGUUUUUUUUCCAUUUACUUGAUAGAUGCUUUGAUUUCAUUCAUCAUUUUUAAGCGCAGCAUUUAAGUUAAGAGUAAUUAUUUUAAGCACUCUUAACUAUUGUGUAUGCUGUUUCUAGGCUGAGAAGUAAUAGACAAAAUUUAGUGGGGGAGGAGUGGAAGAAAGAGCGGCCAAAAUGCACUGUAUUAGCCAAGAACUUUAUUUUUUGUAGUUGUCUAACACUAGAUAAAAAUAAGUAACAUGCCAUCAAAUUUGAUGACACUGUAUGCAUUUUAGGUAUCUGUAAAAAUAUAAAGUAUAUUUGUUUACAUACACCUGGCAUCUGACACAGUCAUCUCAGUAAAACAAAACAACAAGAAAUCAAGGUUUUAGCUCUAGUACCUCUAAACUGUUUCUUUAUAAUACAUAUCAAAGUUGUUUGUUUACAAGUAAGGGAAGGGAAAAUUGUGGAAGAAAUAAAAACAAAAGGAGACAAAUGAUAAUUUUUCAUGCAGACUCACCUUGACUUCUGUAUAUGUUUAUGGUAUCUUCUUUCUGCUCAGCAGACUGAAAUAAAUGGAAAGGAAACUUUCUAGGUGAUGGGUUGAUUAUUCAAUUAGGAGCAUGAGGGUGCAACCUUUCAUCUCUAAAGUCACUCUUUUGGAUGUGGCUACUUUUGCAAGUGACACGGGUUGUUACCUGAUGGCUGUUCUAUAAUCAAAAGCAAAACAAAUUUCCUAAUGGACAGAUGGUCCUGUCACAAAAACACCCAUAAAAUUGCCACUAAUUCAUCCAUCACAGAGUAACCAAAAAAUUAAAUAAGCAUGGAAAAUAACCUCUCCUUUCACCUUUUAGAGGUGGGUCCUACCAAAUCAAGGUUGAACAAUACACUGAUUUAGAGGCACUUUAAAAGCUUAAAAUGCUUCAAUCUCCUCUGUAGCCUAUUCAGAGGCUAAAGAGCGGCUUUGUUUUCCUAGAUUAUCUAUCUUGCAUCUUUUAUGAGCACUGAACCCAUUAAUACUGGAGGGACAUCAAAAUAGAUAGCAUGAAAUAGUGAAACAUUUAAAUUGAAAAAUUAAUUUCUGUAUUUUUCUCCCCCAUUUUUUAAACCAUUACAAUAUUUUGUGAUAAUAUAAAUCUGCAUGCUGCCUUUUACUGAUGUUAAUGGAUGCCACAACAACUGCUGUGAUAUCAGUUACUUCUUAUGGUGCUUAGCACUGCACAAAUUAUUUUGGAGAAAAUUGUCAUCUGUACUAAAGGUCCUUGGUAAUCUGCAUAUUCUGCAAAGAGAUAUUGAAUAAUUACAAUAUUUAUUGUGGUUUUAUUUUUAAUAGUGUUAUGGAAUAUAGUGAAGACUUCUUCUCUUGCUCACUUUGCACUAAAGCACCAUCUGACCCAUUCUUCAAUCGAAAGCAAGUUUACACACACUUAUUUUCCCAGUGCACUGUUGGUGGUAGUGUUAGCACCAAUUCAGGUCUUCUCAGUUAUUAAGGAAUGUAAUUAAAAAGCUUUUUAACAUGAACUGAAGUCUUGUUGACUACAACCAUUGCUUAAUGCUACUAAGAACAUUCUUAAAUGCUUUUCUGGAUCAGGGCUUAUAUAUCUUCUGUUCCAGGGAAGAUAUUCAAGUGUUCACUUUAUCUGUCUGAGGCUAUUCCUGAAUUCACAGUUUACAAUAAUUCAUUUACUCUCAGAUUAUUUUUUGGUGUGUAAAUGAUGCACUAAUUGCAGCCCAUCUUGUAUUACAUCACUAAGGCUGAGAGUCACCGCAAUGCAGAAUGUCUCCUAUACCAUGAAUGGAAUUAAAAGAAUAAUAUAAGGUGCACUGGGAUGAGUGACCCAAAUAAGAGAAUAACUUUUCCCAUUUUAACUUAACUAAAUACUUCAAGAAAGUCCUACCUUAUUUAGAAAGGAGUUUGCAGGUGGUAUGGUAUAUGUACAAUUGCUGUAAAGGAUACUAAAAUUAAAGUGUAACAUUGUUUACAUGGAGGGAAAUAAAAGCUGAACAUUUACUCCUCAAUUGUAGUUAAAUUAAUGUUGCUUAUGACUCUGGAAUCAUCUUCUACUAUUUUCUACAUACAUUCACAUAUGUACAUGAUUUGAAUGCCAAAAUUAUUUAACUUAAAUAUAUGUUCUGUAAUUAAUGUUAACUCACUUAAAAUGCAUUACCUUUGAAUGUCUUUGUACUCGGACUAUUAUCACAUAUUCCAUCUGUUUUGCACUACGUGUUUGAGGCUCAUAAGAACUGAAGACUGUGUAAAAAUAUCCGAAUGGCUGCUGAUUUUUUGUUGUUUAUAAAAUGUGCUGAAAUAAUAAGGGAAUUGUAAUUUCUGUUGAAUAAAUAGUGUUUGUCUAA